CGGAAAGAAACGAUGAACUCGCUCGACGCGUUCGUCUAUGACGUCGAGCCACUGGCCGGCGCAUACGCGACGACGCUGGACGAAGAUGCGAUGCUGGACGACAUCAUGGCCUUGACGGACAAGGCCUCUCCGGCCUCGGACGAAGCCAGAAGCGACCACUCGGCGGAAGCGGCGCCGGCGAAGCGCACGCGUGUGCGCAAGCGCCAGAUCGACGAGCUCAAGUACCUGCGCGAGAAGAUGGAUGAGUACUCUUCGCAGCUGACCGCGCUACAGCAGCUCAAGGCCGUCGAGUCGCAGAACUCGUCGCCAUGGGAAGCCAUCUCGCGGCGCCAGGCGCAGGCGCGGUCGCUCGCCGAGGCCGAGAACGCCAAGCUCAAGCUUGCCGUCGAAGAGCAGCUCAAGGUCACGGAAGCCUUGAUGCGCAUCGUCACCAAGCGCCCGAAGCUCGCCGAGGCCGCGUGCAUUGACGACUGGAAGGUGCAAAAGCUGCCGUCCAGCCCGGUGCGUCGGCGGAAUGCGAUGCGGUCGCUCGUCGACGCCAAGCGCGAAGCCAUGGAAGGCGUCUUCGUGCGGAAGCAGAUCCAGGACGCCGCUAGCGCGCCCAUGGUCUCGGACGUUGUCUACGACGCGGCGACGGACUCGGUUCGGCUCGAGUGCUCGACUGUGCAUGAGCUCGCGGUGGACUAUCCGACGGCCGUCGAGACGAUGUGGGAGAUGCACACCAUCACCGGCACGCGAACGCUCGCGUCGUCCCAGUACCGGUGCUUGGAGACUGUCGAUGCAACGACCGUCUACUACCGCCGCAGCUUCACCUUGGGCGCGGCGCCCGUCGAGGGCAACGUUAUCUUUGCCCGCUUCAACGAGCCAAACCGGACAGUCUUUGUAUCCGAGACUGUCCUCGACGACGAAGCGCAUCCAUAUUCGCCCAACGUUUUUGUCUCGAACGAGACAACGUGGAUGAUGCUCGAGAAGACCGACGUUGGGGCGCGUGUUCGCUUCUGCGCGAGCGCCAUCAUGCCGUGCAAGGCGUCGCGUGACGCGCCGUCGUCGACGUCGCAGCACUACGUGGCGUUUGCCGAGCUCUUGCUCGACUCGUUCAAGAAGAAUUUGCACGAUAUGCAAAUGUACGUGCGCGGGCAGGUCGAAGCGCGUCUGGGGCCGCUCGCACCGCAGCACCACUGCCCCAUGAACGCACUCGCGACCAAGCUCAAGUCGGUGUGGCGCUUCUAGCCGCUCGUCUUCCCUUUGUUCUGUACUAUCUCAAUAUAAAAACGUGAGUUCUGCCGUGAGGGC